CCUCCUGUAAUUCCCGCCAAUAAUUUCUUCAUUCUAAACCUAAAAUCAAACUGAAACAGUACACAAAGAGAUCGUCAUCGGAUCGAAUAUCUCCGAAGGCAAAGAAAUGGACCACGGCGGCGGUGGCGGCGGUGCGGCGCCGACUGGGUGUUACAAGUGCGGCCGCCCUGGCCACUGGUCCCGAGAUUGCCCUUCAAAUCCCAACCAAAACCCUAACCCUAAUCCAAAUUCAUCUCCCAAUUACUCUAAACACAAUUCGUCUACCUUCAAUGGUGGUGGUUUUGGGGGUUCGAAGCCAUUACAGAAGUCAUCUGAGAAGCCCAAGAAGGUUCCCAGAGCGAGACCUAAGCUCACUCCUGAGCUUCUUCUCUCCAACGAUGGAAUUGGUUACGUUCUUCGCCACUUUCCUCGCUCUUUCAAGUAUCGUGGCCGUGGACAUGAGGUUGGUGAUUUGUGUAACCUAAUGGGUCUUUAUGCCGAAUGGCAUUCGCAUUUGCUUCCUUACUAUUCAUUUGAUCAGUUUAUACACAAGGUGGAACAAGUUGGUGCCACAAGACGUGUCAAGACAUGCCUUGGAGGAUUACGGGAUAGAGUUGCCAAUGGAGGGGACCCAACAAUGCUACAUGAACACUCAGUUGAACAAAACAUCUCAAAUAAUGACCAAGAAGCUAUGAACAUAGAGGAGCCAUCUCUUGUCCAGGAAGACACAUCUUUGAAAAACCAUGACACUGAUGAUUUACAGGAAGACAUGCUUCAAGAGAUUUAUAAGCAGACAACUGAAGGGCCAUCUCCAGCAUUACAUGGUGACUCUGCUGCUACUGAUACAACUUCUCAUCAUACCCCUGUGAAAGACUUACCAAAUCAAGUUAAUCAAGCCCCGGAUAACAUGUCUAGCAUAUCUAGAGACCUACAGGUCUCGGAAGAACAAAAAGCUCGUAUGGAAGCUAACAGGUUGAAGGCAUUGGAAAGAGCUGCUGCACGUGCCCGCUCUUCACAAACAGCUUGAUUGUUCUCUCAUUCGGGUAUUUAAACCCUAUUAUGUGCUAUAAUUUGCUGUUCAUUAUUAUCAUUACCAUAAUUCUCAGCAGAAUUGAAACAUUUCAAAACAAAUAUUUUUGGUGUCUCUCCAUGUGAGUUGUUUUGCUGAGAAGAUACUAUAUUUUCAGUUCGUGUUUAUAAAUUAUAGUUCAGAAGGCAUAUUUCAAUA